AUGAAAUGUUUAGCAGCCCAUGCAAGUAUGAAAUUCUUUUUGCUCUUUUGCUUGAUCCUCCUCUUCUCAAGAACUCCGUGUGAUGCUCGCUGUUACUUUAGACCAGCCAGCAAAUACGGGUGCCUUUCAAACAGAAACCUCUAUGUUUUUGGUGCGGUGUGGAAGACUGAAGAUUGUUACCAAUGCAGAUGUAAGAUGACUGCAAUGAUUUGCUGCAGCUUGGUUUUAAUCCCCAAGAACUAUGACAGAGUGAACUGUGUUGGCCUGUUCCACAAGAAAAGCUGUUCCAUCCGUGUGGUGAAGAAAACUAAUCCUGACAUAAGCUGCAAAGUCUACAAUGGAGUUGGUUAA